GUUUGCUACGUCUCACGGCUUUGCGGCUGGACUCGCCGGUAGCUUCGCGGGACUCCGUGUUUUUUGUCUGUGGGAUUAAAACCUGAAGUAUCGCUCGUGCGGCAGUGGAAAGCGCUGAAAGCCUCCGGAGGAUGUGGAGAUGCUGAUCCGGGCCCAUGAGCGCGCACAGGCGGACUGACUCGCUCUAGUUCCGUUUGGACACAUUUCUCGAGCGCGUCCUCUCCUCGCAUCCACCUGCCUGCCCAUGGAGGGACGUCGCGAUGCUGUGCACAAGAAGAACUAAAACUUUGGUGUCGACAUGCGUAAUCCUGAGCGGUAUGACCAACAUCGUGUGCCUGCUGUACGUCGGUUGGAUCACCAACUACGUGGCCAACAGCGGUCCUAAAGUUGCGGAGAGCGGCGGCGGCGGCGAGGCGGAGAGAAAGUUGGAGGAGGACAGCAAAGGUGAAACCCUGAGGAUUAUCGAGAGGCUGGACCGGCUAGAGAGCGUCGUCAACGAGCACAUUAAAGAAACCCCUCUGAAGGAUGGGGAAGAUGCGGCAUCCUCGUCAGACGCAGCCUCAGACCCCGCCUCCUCACUCUUCAACCACUGGGGUCACGACCUUGGCCCGGAAAGCCGAAGGGUUGCCCUCAAGAAGUUCAGGUACUAUGGCUACAACGGUUACCUUAGCGACCGCAUCUCCCUCACCCGACCGAUCCCAGAUUUACGGCCUGACGGAUGCAGAAAUAUGUCCUACUCAUCAGACCUUCCCCAGCUCAGUGUCAUCUUCAUCUUUGUCAACGAGGCCUUGUCGGUGUUGCUGCGCUCCAUCCACACGGCCAUCCAGAGGACUCCGUCCCACCUGCUCAAAGAGAUCAUACUGGUGGAUGACCACAGCAACAGCUUGGAGCUAAAGGAGCAUCUGCAGAACUUUGUGGAUGAGACCAAUGUGCAGCACGGCCCGGGGUUCAUCAAGGUGGUCCGCCAUGAUAAGCAGGAAGGACUGAUCAGGUCCCGAGUGAGCGGCUGGAGGGCAGCUUCUGCCCCUGUUGUCGCUUUGUUCGACGCACACGUGGAGUUCAACACUGGAUGGGUGGAGCCUAUUCUGCAGCGAAUAAAGGAGGACCGGACCCGGGUGGUCUCGCCUUCAUUUGACAACAUCAAGUAUGACACUUUUGAGAUCGAGGAAUACCCUCUGUCUGCUCAGGGCUUCGACUGGGAGCUGUGGUGCAGAUACCUCAACCCGCCAAAGUCCUGGUGGACGCAGCACAACAACACGGCGCCUAUCAGGAGCCCUGCUCUGAUUGGCUGCUUUGUGGUCGACAGGAAAUACUUUGAAGAGAUUGGCCUGCUUGAUGAGGGCAUGGAAAUUUAUGGUGGAGAAAAUGUGGAGCUUGGAAUCAGGGUGUGGCAGUGCGGUGGCAGUGUAGAGGUCUUGCCCUGCUCUCGGAUCGCCCACAUUGAGCGUGCCCACAAACCCUACACGGAGAACCUGACGGCUCACGUACGCCGCAAUGCUCUGAGGGUGGCUGAGGUCUGGAUGGACCAGUACAAGAGUCACGUCUACAUGGCCUGGAACGUUCCACUGCAGAACUCAGGAAUAGACAUCGGGGACAUUUCUAAGAGGAAGGCCCUGCGGUCAAGACUCCGGUGUCGACCGUUCAGCUGGUUCCUCUCCAACAUCUACCCUGAGCUCCGAUCCUACAGCGACACAGUUGCUUACGGCGUGUUGAAGAACAGCUUGAGAGACGACCUGUGUCUGGACCAAGGACCUGACACUGACAACGUCCCCAUCAUGUACCUGUGCCAUGGUAUGACACCUCAGAACGUGUACUACACCAGCUCCCAACAGCUUCACCUGGGAGUGCUGAGUCCGACGAUUGACGACGACGACAACAAGUGUCUGGUGGACGUGAACAGCAAACCCAGGCUGCUGGAGUGCAGCUACGCCACUACUAAGCACAUGAAGCUCACCUGGACGUUCACGCAGGGUGGUCCCAUCCAAAACAUUGAGUCGCAGCGCUGUCUGGAGCUGGUGGAGAGCCGACAGUCAGGGUUCAGUUUCCAGCUGGCAAUUCAGGACUGCACGGAUCAGAAAUGGACCAUCACCAACAUACUGACUGUCCUGCCACAGUGAACGUAGUGACACCAGUCAGAUAUUAGGAGACCUUUCAUGUGAUGGACUGGUCUAACUGAGGAAGUCUGCCACUUCACACUGAAAAACCAAACUGACCCAAAGCCAGGAUGGACCAUCACAGAGGUCUGGUGCACAUAAAAUGAAUGAGAGUCCAGUUAGAGAUGGACUAACACGCUGACCUCAGCAUCAAACUUUCAGUACUGGACUUGUUUUUAAGGAGAAUCUGCAUAGAAACAGAUGUGCUUCAAUCAGACACAGACCAUUAGUAACCUAAUAACCAUUUUAUACCAAUGACCUGGGAGAAGAGACACUCACAGAUGGAGCCGGAGCUCUUAAAACUCCCCACUCUGCGAUGGAAAUGAGAAAUAUAGCCACUUGUUCCGGGAGACAGGCUCAUGAAAUCAUGUAAGCAGUCUGGUUAUUGCAGGAGCGGGCCUGUGAUGUAUUUUGGCUCCCAGUAGGUAGUUUAAGUUCAGGCCUGAGCUGCCACUGCCUCAUCACACAAUCUCAAAACAAAUUGAGUGAGCGCGGUUCAAUAUGUUUGCGUGCAGACGGACAGAUGCGAGGUGAGCGUAUUGUUGCAAAGCGGCCGGCGUGUUACUCACGUUUGAUUUUUAGGGCAGGUUUUAAAUCGUUACCAUCACCGCUGGACUCAAGCGGCGCGACCGAGCAGGUGCUGUAGAUUUCCUGAUGUCACUAAAAAGGAGCUGGUCUAAUGAAGAAUAACCACAGAGUGAUUUAAACUGGCACUGUGAUAGAAACACCGUCACUCAGGGGUUUCAGAGUGUGUUUUGGGAUUAAAUGGUUUACAGACAGAACCGCCAAUCAUUCUGGCGUGUGUGUACACUUAUAAACAGAAAUCUGGAAACACCUGCCUGGACAAAAGACUUAGUGAUGUGGAGAAGAUGGAGCUUCAUUCCACGGCAUCAGUCCACCGACACCCGGAGCAGUGUGCACGAUUUUAGAAAUGCUGAAUUAUCCCUGCAGAAAAACAACAACUAACUCUCAGAUUUCCUCACUAUUUAAAAUUUUAGUUUUUCUUUUAACUUUAUUUCAAAAAUCAUGUUUCAAAGCGCUGUCUACACUCUCAGAAAUAUAAUCUUAGUGCAAAAAAUAAUCCAGUUGGAUCAAAAACCUGUAGAUGCCCUGUUGAUUGCCCACAGGUGGCUGUGUAUCAGAUGCUUUGCGUUGACUUUAAUAGAUACCUGCAGUAUCCCUCAGCAUAUGGAAAAAGUGGGAAUGCUGUGCACAUUUGCUCUUUCAGAACCAGACUUUUUGUUAAUAUGGUGGGGGGUUUGUUAUAAAUCCGCCCUGCUCUCAUAAGCUCAGUGUCUGACUACAGUUUUCAUCCUCAUAUUGUCUGGCUACAUCUGUGCUCAGAAAUUUCCACACUGUCUGUAAAUUACUAACUGCUCCCAUCAACUUUUUCUCAUUGACCUUAUAAAGGAUCCCUCUCCAACGUGUUUGAAGAGCGUAAUCACACAAUGAAACCUUAGAACAGCAGAAGACGUGGCCACAGCGCUCUCCUCGACGCUCUGGCUUUUAAGAGUCGGUCUUACAGCAGAGACGCAGUGAUGAGAGCGCUCAGUGCAUAAUGGUGACUGCUGAGGUCAGUACAUGUCAAAGUCACACCUAAACUAAGAAUUUGUUGGGGUGGCCCAAACCUUGGAUAAAUAUUCAGAAGAAUUAAAUAUCACAGAACGUGUAAUAAACCUGACUUCAGGUACGUGGUUUAUCAUAGCAUGUCGGCAAUACUCCUACACGGCCCUCAGAAGAUGUUUAAUCAAGAGAAAUAAUUGAAAAUGCCUGCGUAGGUGUAGCAUAAAGGUGCAGAACCUCAGAUAUUUAUUAUCCCAUUUCAGACACUUCCUCCCUCCUUUUUCAAUUUUAAACUUUUCAACGAGAAAUGCGGCGUUCUUUUCCCUGGAUUUAGAGGUCACUGCUGCCCGCUCGUUUUCUGCCAUGUGGAUGAAAAUUUAACCUUGGAUGGUUGUUCAUUCAGAAUACACAGCGAAAAGUAUGAAAAGAUCACAGUAAAAUACAGAUAUUUGGAGUUUUAUGAAUUUACAAAUCCAGCUGUGGUCGUUUUCAUCCAGUCAUCACAGGUCUGAAUUUCAGGCUCAUUUUCAGGCGCACAAGUUUAAACUUAUUUUGGAUUUUCUAUAAUCGACACAUGGUCAGAAGUAUACGUACAGGCUAAGGCCUAUUAACAUGGUGAUCGGGACUGAAUAAAACUGGUAGUUUGUUUGCAUCAUUACAAAGGACUGCACUCAUUGGCUCACCCAAACUCAGAGCAAUGGGAAAGUCCAAGUUACUCAGUGAAGAAUUUGUGAAAAUGCAGAUUUACUUGGAUAACUUGGGAGAGUCUCUUGGAGCUAUUUCUAAACAUCUGUAGAUUUCAAGAUCAUAAGUUCAAACAAUUGUGUAAAUUAUUGAGAUGUGUCACCACUUUGCAGACGUCUGGAAGAAGACCCAAACUGUCACUCUCAUGUCAGAGGCAGCUGGUUAGGAAUCUGAAAUAAAUUCAAACUUGUGCACCCAUUUCUUGCUUUGUAAAGUCAUUAAAGAAGAUUACCAUACAGCCAUCACACUCUGAAAAAACAUCCCAUCCCAAAAUAGCCUGACAUUCAUGGCUAUGAUGAGUGGAUGCAAACUUCUAACUGCAGCUCUGUUUUCUCUCAGCUUUGAAUGCUGUUGGCAUUGGUUUGGAUCCACAGUCAGUGUGGAUAAUCUGUAUCAGACAACUUUAUUGUUUGCCUUUAUAAGUUUCAGGUAGCCUAAAAGCUCAAAGCUGGUUUACAGAAGGUUUGUCCUGAACAAUGCCAGAAGACCCGAGGGCCAUUCACCAUGAUUCAAACCUGGAAAACAAACCGGUCAUUAAACCACCAAAAAGUGCUUCAAAGACAGUUUAGCAACCCAACCUACAUGUUCCUUAAACAGGUGUUAAAAGUCCCCGUUUCCACAUCCAGUGCUGAAUUUUAAACCGAUCUCAUCAAGGAAAAUAGUUUUUCUGACAAUUAAAUGCAGCUUUAAAGUGGACUGAAAAUGAGCAAACCCUAACCCUCCACGAAGGCCCACGAAGGAAAAUCAGCGGCUGGCAUGACCUCAGCAUCCAGGUGAAGGAAGGAAACUA